AUGGCAAUCCCUCCACUUUACCAUGCCCUCCUCAGGUGGGGAAAAAUAGUCAGCAGCGUGUCCAACGCGCUGGACUUUAACCAAGCCACCCUCAGUGGCUGCAUCGACAUCAUCUGCGUAGAAUCCGAAAUUGAGAGCAAGCUCAAAGGAGAAAAAAAAAUAAGCCUCAUAUACAAGUCCACCCCCUUCCACGUACGAUUUGGUAAGACAAAAUUGUUAAGGUCAAAGGAAAAGAUAGUGAGCAUUUUAGUAAAUGGAAAGAGCACAAAUUUACAUAUGAAGUUAGGCAGCGCAGGGGAAGCCUACUUUGUUGAGAAGACAUAUGACGAUGUAGAAGAAGAAUUAGAAACCUCCCCUCUGUCAUCCCCACGUCAUGAGUAUAAUGACUUAUAUUUAAGUCAACACAUCGACAGCUGCAGCGUUAAUGAUUCUCUGAAUAAUUUCAAAAGCGAUGACGAUUCGGAUAAGUCUUUCCUUCUCAACAUUGCCAACGAUAGACGCAAGUCGGUGGAUCGGAACUACAAAUUGGACCAAGGGAAGGGGGGAAAGGGGAGGAAGCAGAGUAAUAGCCAAGCCAAGGGGGAAGACCUCAUCACUCACGAUCAGCAGGAUCACACCAACCAUCAUCAUCACCACCAUGCUCGGCACCACCGUACCUCCGUCCAAAGAGACAACCUGAAGAAGAAAAAAAAAAACAAAAGCCCCCACAUGCACAGAAACGUACUAGGUGAAGACUACGAGCACCAUGCCAAUAAACGAAAAACGCACGAAGAGGAUCCAAAUGCCAAUUCAGAAUGGUCCUGGUCAUGGGGAAGACUACCCCAUUUGAAAAAUCAGGAUUACGCCUCAGAUAACUGUACAGCCAUAUCUUCCAACAAUAAAAAUGAAAAAAAAGAGAAACGAAAAAAAUUCUAUAAUAAAAGCGAAUCAGUCCAUGACCCCUCUUCAUCCAGGGAACAACUCACUUGUGUACGCAGAAGAAACUUGAGCGAAUCAAACGUUAGAAGGUGUCUCAACAAGGAGGAAGAAACAAGAAGCUUCCCUCGCGGCAGCAAAACGAAGCAUAUAAAGAAAUAUAGGGAUAGCCACUCAGACCAUGUGAAGAAGGAGGUCCCCAGAAAACUCAGCCACAGAAAUGAUGCCGAUGAAUACAUACAUUCUCCCAAGAAGUACUCCAGGGGAAGCCAUUCCGCUAAAACGGUAGUCAAAGAACCCACCCACCCCCAACAACCUAGCGGCAACAACACUAGCAGUGGCAACAAUAAUAGUAGUGCUAACAAUGGUAAAAACGGGGGCAACUCUGAGCAUGUCGAGAAGAGGAGGCCGAGUGAGGGGGAGGGACUCCCCAACAGGGGGAACGUCGUGGAGGCUAAGAGGCACAGUGAAAGGGGAAGUCAACGGGGAAGCCAACGAGGAAGUAAACGAGGGAGUGACGCCAAUAAGGAUCCUACAAAAAUGGUGGUAAAAAAACCAGAGGAAUCAAAUAACGCGGAAUUGAAACAAGAACAUAAGGAAAAGGCAGAACCGAAGGGGGAGGAGCACUCCUUGGGAGAGGGAAUCACUGAGAAGGAACUCGAAAGGGAGAAGCAAAGGAUGAUAGAGAGGUUGAAACAUAAAGCGAGGGAGCGGGCUAGGGAGAAGGCGGAAGGAUGUGUUGGAAGGACGGGAGGAGAGACGGAGCCAAGCAGAGAAACUAAGCGGAGUGUGGAAAGGUGGACCAAGGGGGAGGAACACCCCAAAGGGCGAACAAAAUCAAGAGGUAAAUUCAAGCCACACCAUGAGCACCACUCCUCUGACGAAAACGCAGACGUAGAAAUAAAUUCGAACGAUGAGGAUAACCAAAUAAGCUACUCAAAAGACGAACCGGAGAGCACCUUUGACGACGAUAUACAAAACAGAAUCGAGUGCAGCUUGUGUGGACAUUUACUACUGAACCAAAAUGCAGACAACGAACAAAAUGACUACAGCAUAGAAAUUCAUAACAAAAAUAUUUUCGAAGCCAAUAUAGUUACAUAUGAACAGAUAGACAAAAACUCCAACUUGUGGUACCAUCCAUCUCUUGUCUUUCGAUUUGAUAAAAAGGACCCUUACUAUCCCUCAAGGGUUGCCCUACCACUGCUAGCCUCUUGGGUUGUGUUCAACCAACCUCUGUCCAUUUUGGCUGUUGAAAAAUUACUAAACUCAUCUCUAACAUUAGUCGAAAUAAAGGACAAGGGGUGGAGAAACUGGUUUGGAGUAUCCAGUGCAGAAUAUGACAACACCGUCAAUACGAAAAAUACGGGGAAGGAUCCAAAAGGAGCCAAUCAAAUUGAAGAUAAAAAAAAGGAAGCGAGAAAAAGUGCCACCAAGACGACGUCCGUCGCUGCGGUUACCACUACCACGAGCAGUAACAAUAACAAUCAAAUCGGUAACAGUAAUGCAAAUAAUCAGGAGGGUGAAAUUGCAUCUAUCAAGGAAAACAAUGCCAAAAGAAGCGUACAACAUUCCUUACAUAAUCCAAGUGAACUAAGCAGGAGAAGCACCAAGCAUGGAGACGAAAAAAUAAAAAUAAGGUAUCGAAAAUCGUUACGACCAACCUCAGAACAACUACAAUCAUUAAAUUUAAAGGAAGGAGCAAACACCAUCACCUUUUUAGUUACCUCCUCUCUGCAAGGAACCAAAAGUAUUAAUGGCACCAUAUACCUAUGGAAGAAAAACGCCAAAAUUGUCAUCUCAGAUGUGGAUGGAACUAUUACUAGGUCGAACGUACUUGGACAUAUAAUGCCUAUCGUUGGCAAGGACUGGUCUCAUGUUGGGGUUUCCCAAUUAUUUAACAAAAUAAAUAAUAACGGGUACCACAUUUUGUACCUUACUGCUAGGGCUAUUGGUCAGGCCGACUCCACAAGGGAAUACCUAUUCAGAUUCAAAAGAAAUGACAAUAAUAAACUCCCAGACGGACCUUUAAUUCUAAGCCCAGAUAGACUCUUCCCCUCCUUCAAAAGAGAAGUCAUUGACAAAAAACCCUACAUUUUUAAAAUCGCUGCGUUGAGAGAUAUACGAAAUUUGUUCCCCCUGAAUCACAAUCCCUUUUACGCUGCGUUUGGGAACACCGAAAGUGACCAUCGAGCGUACAUAUCUGUAGGCGUCCCCGAGGCCAAAGUGUUCAUCAUAGACAAUCGGGGCAUCGUACACCACGUCAACUCGACCUACGCAAAAACCUACGAAACGAUGAGCGAAAUAACCGAGCACAUGUUCCCCUGCAUCAAAAAUGACAUAAAGAGAGAAGACGACGACCAAUACAAUUCCUUUCAGUACUGGAAGAUCAACAGCCUGACUUACUACGAACAGUACAUGAACGUCAGUGACAGCAGUGAGUCCCUGGAGGAGCCGUGCCAAGAAACUCACCCCUUUUAA